UGACACAGAGGUCUUCUACUUUUGACACGAGGUUGAUGAUGGAUAUCUAUCCUUACUUAACUUCUUGUAUAUCUUAUAUGUAGAUAGUAUAAAAUAAACCAUGGAUCAUAAGUGAUCACUAAUCUGUUGCAGAAGUACACAACGUUUUGGAUAAAAAAUAUUAUCUUUAGUUUAGGUUUUAUUAAAAGAAUGCAUGAAUUUCUGUGAGUAAUGUCUCAAGAAAGUGAAAGAAGUGAAGAAUAAAUGAAAAACAAAAAUGCCGAGAAGGAAGAAGGAGUAUUAUAGUGAAGAUGAUGAAGACAGUGACUAUGCUUCAAAAGGAGGCAAGUUCGGUAAGCCUCCUAUACAAAGGAACACAGCUAAUGCUAGAGAGAGGGCAAGGAUGCGUGUGUUAAGUAAAGCCUUCUCAAAACUGAAAACCACACUACCAUGGGUACCAGCUGACACUAAACUAUCAAAAUUAGACACUUUAAGAUUGGCAUCUAGUUAUAUUGCACACCUCAGACAAGUUUUAAAUGGCGAAGACGAUGUUGAUCCACAGACCUCCUUUAUACAUCCACUUAAUCUGACAUGGCCUUUCAGCUUCAGUGCGAAAUCUGGAUCGGGUACAGAAAGUAAAUCACCAGAGCCAAUCAAAAUGCACAACGACAGAAUGAUGUCACCGUCUGAGGAUAUGAUGUCAUAAUGAACGUUCACAGCGUCGUUAUAAGAUAAAUGAAAUCCAGUGAGAAACUCUAAUAUGUCACUUUUGUCUCAGUUUUAUUGAUG